AUGAGCAAUAGCCAGACUAUACAAGAGAUUAAGACCGCCACUAUAAGCAAUAGUCAGACUAUACAAGAACUUAAGGAUGGUUCCAUGGAUUCAAAGCAAUUCACGCAUCAAGAGCAUGUGCAAGCCAUCACCACUUUAAGGUCUAGAAGGCAAGCGGAUAACCAAGUGGCUAUGCCUAAAGAAGCCACGGAGGCAGCUAAAGAUGAGGAAAACCAUGAAAAGCCUGAAAAAGAUCUUGGACCAGACUCUAUUGUUCCAAUUGCUAAAAAGAGUCCCCAGAAGUUUGUUCCCAAAGCUCCGUUUCCAGAAAGACUUACGGCUCCCAAGAAAGGCUCAAAGUUCGAUGACAUUUUGGAAGUGUUCAAACAAGUGCAGAUUAACAUUCCAUUCCUAGAUGCCAUCCAGCAAGUGCCUUCAUAUGCCAAAUUUUUGAAAGAUUUGGUCACCAUCAAGAGAAGAACAAACGUUCCCAAGAAAGCUUUCCUUACUGAGCAGUGUGAUCUCUUACCAUAUUCAUUUUAUGUCCAAUUGGGAUUGGGUGAGAUAAAACCCACUUCAGUGACACUUCAGCUGGCCGACAGAUCUGUGAAAGUCCCAAGGGGAAUCAUUGAAGAUGUUCUGAUCAAAGUUGAUAAGUUCUACUACCCUGUGGACUUCAUCGUUUUAGACACAGAACCGGUUAUGAAUGUGGAGAUUCAGAUUCUAGUAAUACUAGGGCGUCCCUUUUUAGCUACGGCUAAUGCGCUAAUCAACUGUAGGACUGGAGUCAUGAAGUUAUCUUUCGGGAACAUGAUAGUGGAGCUCAAUAUUUUUGAUAUCAGCAGGCAGCCAUUUGAUUAUGAAAGGGCCAGAAGUGCUUACGCAACAGAAGAGAUAGUGGAAGAGAUUGUCAACGAGCCAAUUGUUGAAGACUAG